GGCCCCGCCGCCUUCCCUCUCCCCGUUCAGCCGCGGACAAAGGGGGAGAGCGGGGCAGCCAGAGGAGGGGAGAGCCCGUCCCCGCCGCGCGAGCAUGGCGGACCGCAGCCUGGAGAGCGUGUCCCUGCCCCUGGAGGUGAGGGCCCGGCUGGCCGAGCUGGAGCUGGAGCUCUCCGAAGGUGACAUCACACAGAAGGGAUAUGAAAAGAAGAGAUCAAAAUUAAUUGGGGCCUACCUGCCACAGCCUCCCGCAGCGAAUGGAGCUGCCGCGGUACGGUGUAGACUGCAACACAGUGAAGGAGCUGCCAGAAGAAUGCUCCGCACUGCCAACAUUGGUGUCUGUGACAUCCGGGAAGCGGCCGCUAGAGAGAGAGCAGCCAGCACAGCAGGAAACCGGCCUCUCUUUUAUUUUCGUUUUGGGGUGGAUCAGGCAUUACCACAAGAACGUCGAACUCCUGUUACUCCGUCCUCUUCCUCUCGAUACCACCGUCGCAGGUCCUCAGGGUCACGGGAUGAGCGCUAUAGAUCGGAUGUCCACACAGAAGCAGUUCAGGCAGCCCUUGCUAAACAUAAAGAAAGGAAAAUGGCAGUCCCCAUGCCCUCAAAACGACGUUCAUUGGUGGUCCAGACAUCAAUGGAUGCCUACACACCUCCAGAUACCUCUUCUGGUUCAGAAGAUGAAGGCUCCGUACAGGGCGACUCCCAGGGAACUCCCACCUCAAGUCAGGGGAGUAUAAACAUGGAGCAUUGGAUCAGUCAAGCAAUCCAUGGCUCUACCACGUCAACCACUUCCUCCUCCUCAACACAAAGUGGAGGCAGUGGUGCUGCACACAGACUGGCUGAUGUUAUGGCUCAAACGCAUAUAGAAAAUCAUUCUGCCCCUCCAGAUGUUACCACUUACACCUCAGAACACUCAAUACAAGUAGAAAGACCACAAGGAUCAACGGCACGGGUGGCACCAAAGUAUGGAAACGCUGAACUUAUGGAGACUGGUGAUGGAGUACCAGUGAGCAGCAGAGUGUCAGCAAAGAUUCAGCAGCUGGUCAAUACACUAAAACGGCCCAAACGACCACCAUUACGAGAGUUCUUUGUAGAUGACUUUGAGGAAUUGUUAGAAGUUCAACAGCCAGAUCCAAACCAGCCAAAGCCAGAAGGAGCUCAGAUGUUGGCUAUGCGUGGGGAACAAUUAGGUGUGGUUACAAAUUGGCCGCCUUCUCUGGAAGCAGCUUUGCAGCGAUGGGGGACCAUCUCACCGAAAGCUCCUUGCCUAACCACUAUGGAUACUAAUGGAAAACCACUGUAUAUUCUCACUUACGGCAAACUUUGGACCAGAAGUAUGAAGGUUGCUUACAAUAUACUACAUAAAUUAGGCACAAAACAAGAACCAAUGGUACGACCUGGAGACAGAGUAACACUCGUAUUUCCUAACAAUGAUCCUGCUGCUUUCAUGGUAGCAUUUUAUGGCUGCCUGCUUGCGGAAGUUGUCCCCGUCCCUAUUGAAGUGCCACUUACAAGAAAGGAUGCAGGAAGUCAACAAAUAGGCUUUUUGCUUGGAAGCUGUGGAGUUACUGUGGCCUUGACUAGCGACGCAUGCCAUAAAGGACUGCCUAAAAGCCCCACGGGGGAGAUACCACAGUUUAAAGGCUGGCCAAAGCUGCUGUGGUUUGUCACAGAGUCUAAACACCUCUCCAAGCCGCCUCGUGACUGGUUCCCACACAUCAAGGAUGCAAACAAUGACACAGCUUACAUUGAGUACAAAACAUGUAAAGAUGGAAGCGUGCUUGGGGUGACUGUGACAAGGAUUGCACUGCUGACGCACUGCCAAGCUCUGACCCAGGCAUGUGGAUACACAGAAGCUGAAACAAUUGUGAAUGUAUUAGAUUUCAAGAAGGAUGUUGGUUUAUGGCAUGGGAUUCUUACAAGUGUCAUGAACAUGAUGCAUGUUAUAAGUAUUCCAUACUCCUUAAUGAAAGUGAAUCCACUGUCAUGGAUACAAAAAGUCUGUCAAUACAAAGCAAAAGUUGCCUGUGUAAAAUCCAGAGACAUGCACUGGGCAUUGGUGGCGCAUCGAGAUCAGAGAGACAUCAACCUUUCCUCACUGCGUAUGCUAAUAGUGGCUGAUGGUGCAAACCCAUGGUCUAUUUCUUCCUGUGAUGCAUUUCUCAAUGUCUUCCAAAGUAAAGGUCUAAGACAGGAGGUCAUUUGUCCCUGCGCUAGUUCACCAGAAGCUCUCACUGUGGCUAUUCGAAGGCCAACAGAUGACAGCAAUCAGCCACCAGGCAGAGGAGUUCUGUCCAUGCAUGGUCUCACUUACGGAGUGAUUCGAGUGGACUCUGAAGAAAAGCUUUCCGUUUUAACUGUCCAGGAUGUUGGCUUAGUGAUGCCAGGAGCUAUAAUGUGUUCAGUGAAGCCAGAUGGAAUUCCUCAGCUCUGUAAAACAGAUGAAAUAGGAGAACUUUGUGUAUGUGCUAUUGCAACGGGUACAUCAUAUUAUGGACUCUCGGGCAUGACCAAAAAUACUUUUGAGGUGUUUCCUAUGACCAGUUCUGGUGGCCCUAUCACUGAAUAUCCUUUUAUAAGGACCGGACUACUAGGCUUUAUAGGACCAGGUGGGCUUGUCUUUGUUAUCGGCAAAAUGGAUGGUUUGAUGGUUGUCAGUGGAAGAAGACAUAAUGCUGAUGACAUUGUAGCAACAGCACUGGCCGUGGAACCAAUGAAAUUUGUCUACAGGGGAAGAAUAGCAGUGUUUUCAGUGAGCGUGCUGCACGAUGAAAGGAUAGUUAUUGUUGCUGAGCAAAGGCCAGAUUCAACAGAGGAAGACAGUUUUCAAUGGAUGAGUAGAGUUCUCCAGGCUAUUGACAGUAUUCAUCAAGUGGGAGUCUACUGCUUAGCGCUCGUACCAGCAAACACACUUCCCAAGACGCCGCUGGGAGGAAUACACCUGUCAGAAACCAAACAGCUCUUCUUGGAAGGAUCGCUGCAUCCUUGUAAUGUGCUGAUGUGUCCCCACACAUGCGUAACAAACCUGCCUAAACCAAGGCAAAAACAACCAGAAAUUGGCCCUGCCUCUGUGAUGGUGGGGAACUUGGUCUCUGGAAAAAGAAUUGCACAGGCCAGUGGUAGAGAUUUGGGGCAAAUAGAAGAUAAUGACCAAGCCAGAAAGUUCCUCUUCCUCUCAGAAGUGUUGCAGUGGAGAGCUCAGACCACUCCUGACCAUGUACUUUACACUCUACUCAACUGCAGGGGAACAAUAGCCAACUCGCUAACAUGUGUCCAGCUACAUAAACGAGCUGAGAAGAUAGCUGUCAUGUUGAUGGAAAGGGGACAUUUACAAGAUGGAGACCAUGUGGCUUUGGUUUACCCACCAGGAAUAGACCUGAUUGCCGCAUUUUACGGAUGCCUGUAUGCAGGCUGUGUGCCAAUAACAGUUCGACCUCCACAUCCCCAGAACAUAGCUACUACGUUACCUACAGUGAAGAUGAUUGUGGAGGUGAGCCGCUCUGCCUGCUUAAUGACUACACAAUUAAUAUGUAAAUUGUUACGGUCGCGAGAGGCGGCAGCAGCAGUGGAUGUCAGAACGUGGCCUCCAGUACUGGAUACAGACGAUUUGCCAAAGAAGCGGCCUGCACAGAUCUACAAACCUUCUAACCCUGAAACGCUUGCUUACCUUGACUUCAGUGUCUCCACAACUGGCAUGCUAGCAGGGGUAAAGAUGUCUCAUGCAGCCACUAGUGCCUUUUGUCGUUCUAUUAAGCUGCAGUGUGAGCUUUAUCCCUCCAGAGAAGUCGCUAUCUGCUUGGACCCCUACUGUGGACUUGGGUUUGUCCUCUGGUGCCUCUGCAGCGUUUAUUCAGGACACCAGUCUAUUUUGAUUCCUCCCUCAGAACUGGAGACCAAUCCCGCUCUGUGGCUUCUUGCCGUGAGUCAGUACAAAGUGAGAGACACUUUUUGUUCCUAUUCGGUCAUGGAGCUUUGUACUAAGGGACUCGGUUCGCAAACAGAGUCGCUGAAGGCAAGGGGACUGGACCUUUCACGUGUACGGACAUGUGUAGUAGUGGCUGAAGAACGACCUCGGAUAGCUCUUACUCAGUCAUUUUCAAAAUUAUUUAAAGAUCUUGGCCUCCAUCCACGGGCUGUCAGCACAUCACUUGGGUGUAGAGUUAACCUGGCGAUAUGUUUGCAGCCUCACAGGCUGGGGAAGCUGGCCGAGCAGGGAACAUCUGGACCAGAUCCCACCACAGUGUAUGUUGAUAUGAGGGCACUGAGGCAUGACAGAGUUCGUUUAGUAGAAAGAGGAUCUCCACAUAGUUUGCCCCUCAUGGAGUCAGGAAAAAUCCUCCCAGGAGUACGUAUCAUUAUUGCUAAUCCAGAAACAAAGGGACCCUUAGGAGAUUCUCAUCUUGGUGAGAUAUGGGUUCACAGCACUCACAAUGCCAGUGGGUAUUUUACCAUCUAUGGAGAUGAAUCUUUGCAAUCAGAUCACUUUAAUUCAAGACUCAGCUUUGGAGACACACAGACUAUUUGGGCUCGAACUGGCUAUCUGGGGUUCCUGAGAAGAACAGAACUCACAGAUGCAAAUGGAGAACGCCAUGAUGCACUUUAUGUUGUGGGUGCAUUAGAUGAAGCCAUGGAGUUACGAGGGAUGAGAUACCAUCCGAUCGAUAUUGAAACCUCUGUAAUUAGAGCACACAAGAGCAUCACAGAAUGUGCGGUGUUUACCUGGACAAAUUUAUUGGUCGUAGUAGUUGAGCUGGAUGGAUCGGAGCAAGAAGCUUUGGACCUGGUUCCUUUGGUCACCAACGUGGUCCUGGAGGAACACUAUCUGAUUGUAGGGGUGGUGGUGGUUGUGGACAUUGGUGUAAUUCCUAUCAACUCCCGUGGAGAGAAACAACGUAUGCACCUACGAGAUGGAUUUUUGGCAGACCAGCUAGAUCCCAUCUAUGUGGCCUACAACAUGUAGUCUUGUACCUUAAAGCUUCCAUGGACUUUACUAUAGAUGUAUAAAAUUUUUUGGUGUCCACUAAAAAGGUGUGCAGAUAAGAUCCUGACACUCAACAGAAUGGAACUGUUUCUAUUACGACUUUUCAAAGCAGUCACGAUUGGCAGGAAAUAAAAUGUGAAAUGUUUUCUUUUACCACUAAAUUUUAGAAAAGAAGGACUAUGGGGUAAGGCCCUUCAGUGUGUUGGAAAAGCCCAUUUUAAACUUUUUUUUUUUUUUGCUUAUUGGACAAUACUGCUUUUUGAGUAAAUGUGGCUUUGUAUUUUACAUUAAGUAAGCUGAAGUAGAUUUUUUUUUUAUUCUGCCCUCCAAAUGGAUUCUUUUAAAACAAUUUGCCUACUAAUACAAAUAAUUGUUUUCUUCAUUUGUUCUAAUAUGUCAUAAAAAGCUGAUGAAUACAGAUCCGUUACUAACUUAAGCCAUUUUAGAUCCCACAUCUUAGGAAACUAUGUAGUGGUACGAGGAGAAUACCCAAAGUAGCACCUUUCAAUUAGAAAUCUUGCAGCUUUCUGUCGGAGAUGCUGAAAGCCCAAAGGCCAAAGAGCCUUUGCUGUUAGCGUUAGAAUGGAAGAAAUUUAUAAAUAAGGUGUAUUUCGGCAAUGAACUUGCAAAUAUCUUUGUACUAAACUAAAAAGAUAAAAUAAGUUAAC